CCAGCCAAGUCAACAAUCAGUUCUAAAGAACAAUACACCCCAUGCCCUAGUUGUAUCGAAAAAGGUUGUACUGAAAACCAUGGGUCAACAUUCCUUUUCGACCGAGAACAGUACAGUGCAUAUAAACAAGCAAAGAAAAUAGUGUUCAGACAGAACCGUGGCAAACAUCCUUCUCUAACGAUCUUUGAGGAGAUUGGUCAAUUCACGCAACUGGAAGAAGUAAAAAUAGAUGGCAUAAACCUGGAUGAUGCGAGUUUGUCAAAUUUAUUCCGGUGCACUUCCAUUCGGUCUCUCACGUUGUCAAAUUGCAGGUUAGAGUCUAUUCCUACUUCUCUGGCAAGGCUGAAAGACCUCGAAACCCUUGACCUAAGUCAUAACAAUCUGACUACAAUGCCAACAGGGCUUUUUCGCUCAAUGCCUCGUCUAAAGAGACUCAAUCUAAGCCAUAACAAAAUACCAGCCUUUGGGGAUGUUGCGGGGGCAGAGGCUCUGAAAACAUUUGACGUGUCAUUCAAUGAAAUCGAAGAGAUUCCAUAUGAAAUCCUUUACAUGGAAAGUUUGGAGAGUUUCUCUUGCAGACACAACAAGAUAACACGGUGGCUAGAGCGACCUGCUACAGAGGAGCAAACCAAGGCAGGUCCUUUUAAGUUGGCGCUUUUGAACCUGUCAACUAACUUGCUCGAAGAAGUUCCAAAGUGUUUAAAGGAACUAAAGAAUCUAAAGAGCCUCAAUGUGAGCCAUAACAAGAUACGGGUUAUUGGAGAUAUUGUGACAGAGCUUAGCAGUUUGCAACGUUUUGAUGUGUCUUUCAAUGACAUUGAAGAGAUUCCAUUCGCCAUUUGUCAAUUGGAAAACUUGGAAGCUUUUGAUUGCAGUAACAACAAAGUAGCAAAGUGGCUAGAGCCAUCAAAUGGACAAAAGCAAACGAAUUCAAGUCCUUUGAAAGUUCUGAACCUCUCAAAUAACGCUCUCCAAAACAUUCCCCGAUGUGUAGAGGAUCUAAAGGACCUCUCGGAGGUUGACCUCUCAUAUAAUAAGAUAGGAGACGUCGGUGACGAAAUGUUAAAAGAGCAACUAGAAGACCUUUUCCACAUGCCUUCAGUGUCUACAUUACUGCUUAGCAACAAUAAUAUCAAAACAUUACCAGAACUAGACAUGGCAAAGGUUUCGACAGAAUCAAAACUGGAGAAGAUUAAUUUCAGUAACAAUGAGAUUCGGGAGGUACCUGCAGCUCUACUGUUAAUGCCAACUUUGAAGGCAUUAUAUCUUCGCAGUAACAAAAUUGAAAAGCUUCCAGAUAUGAUAUACUUGGAUCGAAACAAACUGUCUGAAAAUUUAGGUGACAUUGAUCUGAGUAACAAUGAACUAGAUCAUCUGCCAUCGGUUCUUUGUUUUCUGCCUUCGUUGAGGAAGCUUGACCUGAAGCAAAACAAAAUCAGCUCAGUGAAUGAAAACGUCCAAAGUUGCCAAAGUCUUUCUUUUCUAGACGUGUCCCACAACAGGCUAACUCUGAUUCCGUCUGAUGUGAUUCGCCUUCCAAACCUUAGAGUGAUUUAUGCGUCAAACAACCAGAUCAGUUCUGUUAGCGCUCUCCGAAAGGACGAAUCAUCCAGAGUGGAAGUGGUCACUUUGGAAGAAAAUUGUCUCACAGAUUUCCCAGAAGCUCUCAUGCAAAUGAAAAGUAUAAAGAAGGUCAACAUAAGUAACAACAAUAUUAAAGAAAUCCCAGAGACUAUCAUGGAUAUGCCCAAAGAUGUCAUGGUGGAUCUAAAGCUGCAAGGCAACCCCAUCAUUGAUCCCCCCUUACAGGUCUGUCAAGCUGGCAUAGAGAACAUACGGGCAUUCUACGAAGACUUAAAAACAGCCAGCAGUAUCACGCAGUGUCUCAAAACGCUGUUAUUGGGAAAAUAUAACGCUGGGAAGACCAGCCUUGUUCGGGCGUUCCAAUCGAAUGAGUCUGAACCAACAAAACCCGAGGAAAGAACUCCUGGUAUAGAAAUAACAGAGCUACGUAUUUCAGAUAUGACAUUUUCAAUGUGGGACUUUGCUGGUCAGGAAAUAUACUACAUAACUCACCAAUUCUUCUUAAGCGCAAAGGCUCUCAUGCUCCUAGUUGUGAACUUGGAGAAAUACAAGUGUGAUUCUGCUGCUAGUUUUAGUUCUUCAUGUGGUGAAUGGAUGAAAAAUUUGAUAGCUAAAGUGGGAAACCCAGUUGUCAUUCCUGUUGUUACUCAUGUUGACAAACUAUCGCCUGAAGAGGUCAAACGUAGAUGUAAACAUUUGGCCGAGAAGCUUAAAAUCGACGAAGAUAUGCGUAUAGAUGAUCUGACGACUCAAUUAGAGGAAAUCGAGGGAAAACUGGCAGAUAUGGAAACUUCAGAAUCAAAGGAAGCUUUGAAAGACAGUAAGAAACAAACUGAAGUUCGUCUUAAGGAAAGGCCAACAAUACAUCCAGAACCUGUGCCUGUCAGCUCAGUCAAAUCACAUGAGGGCAUUCAGUAUUUAAAGCAAGUGAUCCUCAACUAUGCUGUAAAUAAAGAGUACUUUCCUGAGGUUGGUCGCCGCGUGCCAAAAACGUGGGCAGACGCUGAAGCUUGUGUGGAGAGAGAGGGGGAAGAGCUCAGCCUCCCCUACAUGACUUGGGAUGAGUUCACGGCUUUACUAAAACAGAAUGUACCCAAUCUGCAACCCGAGUCUCGAAUCCAAACUGUUGCACAAUAUCUACACGACACAGGCAAGAUUUUGUGGUAUUCAGACAUAGAGUCCUUGAAAAAUCAUGUGUUUCUAAAGCCAUCCCUGGUGGUAGACAUCUUCAAAAUGGUUAUCCGGGAUAAGUUUGAACAAGAAAUUAAUUACGAGUCUGAUAAUCGUUACAAAAAAGCCAAGAUAUCAUCAGAUGUGUUUCAGAAGAUGAAGACUGACCUAAUCAAGAAAGGAGUGCUCGAUACCAAAUUUCUGCGGUGUCUGUGGUCAGAAGUUAAAGAGAAAUGUGGACAGGAAACAUUCGAUGACAUUUUCAAUAUGCUGAUUGAACUGAUGCGACAGUUUGAUCUUUGUUAUGACCUUGACUGUGAGGAGGAUGUUAGUCACACCACACCAGAGAGACUUUUGUUACCUUGGUACCUAACAGAAGACAUGGGAAACAAGACCCAAUGGGAAUCAGGGGGAAGUCCCAUCAUUUCACUUCAGUACCAGUUCCCAUCUUUCAUCCCUCCUGGUCUGUUUGCUCGCCUGACUGUCAGAGCGCACCACCCAAACCAUAACCUGCACUUUGUUUCACAUUGGAAUACUGGUGCGUUAUGUAAGCACGAAAAGCACAAGAUAGUUGUGCUUCUAAAAUGUGAAGACACAGAAAGAAGGGCGGUAUCACUGAGUGUUAGACCAGAGAGCAAGGACCCACAUCGUUAUGUGGAAGAAGACCUCCUUGAUGAUCUAUGGGAGACGAUGGGAGACUUAAGUUGGGAGUUUGAAGAACUCCUGCAACAGUGGCCAGGUGUCCUGUAUAAGCGGGCUGCUGUCUGCCCCCGGCCCCAGUGUCAAAUGCCAUCAUUUCCUGGGGAAUGGGUACAUCUGAGGCACAGGGGACCCAAAGAAGUGAUAUGCAAAAGCUGUGAUGAAAGGGUGCCUUUUUUGCAUGUAACACCGCCAGAACUGGCGACAGAACUAUCCGACCAACAGCUUUUGCGCGUGGCCAAGAAGUUGGGGUCAGAGUGGGAAAGUCUCGCCAUCGACAUGGGUUUCACCAAGGCAAACAAGGACAAGUUCAAGGCUGACCAUCGCGACAACACGGACCAACAGAUCCUCGCGAUGCUAACAGCAUGGAGAGACCGGGAGGGGUGGGAGGCAACACGUGAGAACUUGAAACGUGUUCUGCGAGAGGCUGAAGUCGACUAUGACGUGGUAGAAACCGUAUCAGGUCUGGAGCGUAGUACUAGUAGUUGGAGAGGUCGUUCGACUUUGAGCAGAUCUGCAUCUUAUCAUCCGCAGCAGGAUUAAUGCACAAGAUAUCUGUUGACCAAACUCAUUUCUGUUCAUGGCCAGUAUAAAUAUGUAUAUAUGCAAGUCUAAGGAUUGCAGGAGCCCUUCAUUGACACUGAUAGGCAGCUGGCUUUAUAUGUAACGUUACCAGU